AUGAACAACAUAAACCAAGAGGCGAUAUCGACGUCAGCCAAUCAUGAAUCGGCGGUGCCAGAGCCGGAGGACGGGGUUUUGAAUGAGGAAACACUUUUUGACAUGAGCAUGUUAGGGGACGAAGAAGGGUUUCUGAAUAUGACGCAGACAGAGGCAGAGUCUGAAUCUGCUCAGGUACCAAGUCAUGUCAGCGUUGAAGAUGUGCUGAAGAUGGAGUUCUUUACCCCUGGGGAAGCAAGGAAAUUCUACACGAGUUACAGUAGGCUAAAAGGUUUUGCAAUAAGGAACAGUAAGACGGUAAAAAAUGCCAAAGGAGAUAUCGUUAGAUACAAUUUUGUUUGCAACAGAGAAGGAUUUAGGCAGAAGAAGUGGUUAGAUAAGCUCGAUAGGAAAAGAGAGCCCAAGCCUAUAACGCGAUGUGGGUAUGUAGCAGAGAUGAGGAUAAAGAAGAAUCAUGGUAAUGGAAAAUGGUAUGUUUCACAGUUUGUGGAUGAUCAUAACCACACCCUACUCCCUGAAAGGUUUGUUGGAUAUCUGCCUUCACACAGGAAUAUGUCUGAUGCAGAAAUUGCUCAAAUGAAUAGCAUGCGGCAAGUUGGGAUAAGCAUUCCGAAGAUAUACCAGUCAUUUGCGAUGCAGGUUGGGGGUUUUAACUUAGUAAGAUUUACUAAGCAAGAUAUGCACAAUGAGGUGCGAAAGCAACGUGCUCUGCAGAGCAGAGAUGUGAAUGCCACGCUGCGUUUCUUCGAACAUGCUGCCAGAAACGAUGAGAGACUGUUUUGGAAGUAUCAGGUGGCGGCUGGUUGUCGCAUGUGUGACAUUAUAUGGAGUGAUGGUCGAAGCCAAGAAGAUUAUGAGGCGUUCGGUGAUGUCCUCGCCUUUGAUGCGACCUAUGGAAGGAACAAGUAUAACUUGCCGGUUAUUGUUUUGUCCGGUGUUAAUCACCAUAAUCAGACAUGCGUGUUUGCAGCAGCAAUGGUUUCAUGUGAGUCACAGGAUUCGUACAAAUGGGUGCUGAGACGAUUUCUAGAAUGCAUGCGGGGAAAGGCCCCGAAGGCAGUUAUAACUGAUGGGGAUCCUUCUAUGAAGCUAGCUAUUAUGCAUGUAUUUCCAGAUGCUCAUCACAGACUAUGCGCGUGGCACCUACUAAGGAAUGCCACUGCUCAUGUCUCGCAACCACGUUUCACACAGUUAUUCAAACAGUGCAUGCUCGCUGACAUAGAGGUUCAUGAAUUUGAGAGGCAGUGGGAGGCGAUGGUUGGGGAGUGUGGUGUUCGAGAGGUUGAAUGGGUGAUGGACCUCUAUAGUAAGAAGUUGUCAUGGGCAACCGCGUACAUACGGGGCAGAUUCUUUGCAGGUUUAAGGACAACCUCUCGGUGCGAGUCGUUGCAUGCUAAGUUGGGUGGGUUUGUGGAGAGUAGAUAUGGGAUAUUGGACUUUAUUACAAAUUUUCAGAGAUGUGUUGAUUUCCUAAGAGACAAGGAGGAGGAGCUUGACUUUCGUUCCUUUUACGGUACCCCGGUGCUUCAUACGCACUUUCAAGAGAUUGAGAGGUCAGCGGUGACCCUGUAUACCCGUGAAGUAUUUUAUAGAUUUCGAGAGACCUUAAAGCGGGCUGUGAGAUUUAAUAUUGUCGACCGGGAGGAUUGUGAAAACGGAUGCUGCUACGUGAUACAAAAGUAUCGCCGACCGGAGUCAACUUGGCAAGUGUUGCACCAGCCGCAGAAUGGAACCUUUGAAUGUAAUUGCCGCAGGAUGGAGUCAUAUGGGAUCCCUUGUGUUCACAUAAUUGUUGUUCUGGUAGGUAUUGAUAUCGGUUAUCUGCCCGAGACUCUGGUCCUCAAGCGGUGGUGCAGAAAUGCCAAGAACAAUGUGACUUUCGUUAGACAAGUUACUGAAACGGGUGAUGCUGCAUCCCGGUACCGCAGCAGACUUGGUGCAUUUGUAGACCAAUGUAAGCAUUUGGCCAAGGUGGCUUGUCUAAGGGAGGAGGACUACAAGAUAACCGAAGAUGUUAAUACACAGCCUAACGGUGAGGGCGGUGGUGGGAUAAAUGAUCCGGUCUGCGUCCGAACAAAAGGCACCGGUAGAGGAAACGUUUCUCAGCAAACCAAGGGACCGAAGAAGAGAAAAUGCAGCGCCUGCGGAAAACUGGGUCAUCGCCGAACUCGCUGCCCCAUUGGGGCAGACCUGCGCCCGGGAUGUCGUGGAUCGCAACGGGUUCCCAAGGGUCGGCAAGCUGAAGCUCAGGCGACACCGUCACAGACGACUAGACCAGAUCACUUGAACUGUUUUGCCUCUGAAGUUGCAACGGGUCAGUGGCUUCUUAGCAGUGUAUAUCAUUUCGCCGUAAUUAAAAAGUUUAUUAUAUUCUAA